UAGUUUGCCAUCAAUAUACACACCUCGAAGAAUAUUCAAGCACAUAAAAAUCAAUUAUCAAUAUCAGAAAUAACAUCAAUCAUGUCUGCCGACGGCCACGGACUUCCAGACAAUGCCAUCAAAGGCGCGCACGACAUGAUACAUCAUGCCGAACAAGAAGAGCAUGAGCACGAAGCCGCGAUGAAGCGAGGAAUUACAGACGAAGCGGCUGAGGCUGAAUAUCAGUUGAUACACGGAGCUGAGGAGCGAGCUGAUCGGGCCGAGAGGAGACGUAGUUCUCUUAGUAAAGUAAAGAGGACUUUCGAAAAGAUCAUUCCUGGGAAGCAUUGAGAUCCUACCGGAUCGGAUUACCGACUAGCUGGCGGCGAGACUGGUGUUUGUACAACAAAUUGAGAGUUUGAUGAUAUCCUGUAACUAUUUUUUCGGGCUUUAGGCCCACGAAGGACUCCAUCUUCGUUAAUUCACAUUCCUAGUUUUAUCUUCACAACAUUGCUACUACCUCUUAUAGCUUCAAUAUAUUUUAAAGAUCUUCCCCCAAAAGUACAUUACCCGCGGCUGCGAUUGUUAGCAUUAUAAUCUCAAAUACAACGUUAUAUCUUCUAUAUAAUAAUAUGACUAAGGAGAGAGCUGUCUACUAUGUGUGUAUGUGGCCUCUUCUUAUAGGAAGUAAGAGGGUCCACAUACUGGGGCUAUCCACAACGCUG